AAAAAAACUCUGUCUAUCCGUUAUUUUGUUCACGCCUAAACCGCUGAACAGAUCUCGAUUAAAUUAGGCAAGGAGAUAGGUUGCAUCCCAAGGAAGGACAUAGGCUAUAUUGUAUUUCGAUGAAAAUAAGGUUUCGGUUCGAAAUCUCGAUAUUUGUAAAUAAAGAAUCAGAAAUAUCGAUCGAUUGGAACAUCGUGUACGAUAUCCUGUAGCUAUUUCAGAUAUUCGAAAUAGUUUGAGUAAUUGGCGUCGUGGAAUGCGACUCCUCGGGUAACAUGGUAGGUCAGACUCGUAUCCGCGCUGGAAAUCUACCUAUAUCCCAAGUAACGAGUUUCAAUGAGCGGUGCUCUUUAUAUCUAAGAGAAAAUCCCUACUCCUGCGUAGCCUAGGAAUAGUUUACCACUCUUUAAAGUGUUAUUUAAAACCGUCUAAUUCUAGAAUCGUGCCCGCGUGUGCGUCGGGUUCUUCACAUGUACCAGUUGGAAUUUUGUAAUCGUGAUAGACACGAUAAGGUUACGCAAAUUGACCGCUCGAUUCCACAUUGUUCCUUGAAGUACUCCUACAAUUACGUGACCCAUAUGAACGACGGUUACGGAUAAUAUUGUACACCGCCAACGCGAUACAUGUCACUCGUGAUUCUUGAUCGCCGCUUACAGUAACACCUAGAUUUUGUUACUCAAUGUCGCAACGAUACCAAUUACUAGCUUACAUUAGUAUCAACUAACUCGCAACCCUGCACUUAGAAAUAGUUCGAAGGGUAUUGUGUUUCGUCUCCGACGGUUUUGUCACCGUAAUUGGGACAGCAAAACCUGAUAUUUCGUCGUAGCGUGUAUUCUUAGAGUAUCGCGACGGAUGUUCCAUUUUUCGUCGAAUGCGUUCAUAUGCUGAUAAGAAAAAUUACAACACCGACGAUUUCGUAGAAACGCACGAGGACCGACUGUGAGUCGAAGGGGUGAGAUGCGUAGACGAAAAGAGGAAGGUACGCGUUUCGUUCGUUAAAUGACGUUAAAUGAAGUUACGUGGAAAUGAUUUCAAGUACACGCGUCUCGAAGGAGGAGAAGAGCGUUUAACGAACGUAUUCCCAGCGAGUUUAAAAUCUGAUCAUGGUUCGGUGCGAACGAACGUCCACGUUCUCGAUAAAGGCAAAGACACGAUCAAUUACAUUCGCAUAUACCGCCACGAUGAUUUCGAUGCAAACGUAUCUCUGUGUGUGUCCGUGUGCGUACAUUUGGUACAGUGGGGCGCAGUACGUAUCCCCGAAGAAAAGUUGAGGGCGGGGUCGAGUCGAACCAACUGGUAUAAAAUACACGCUAACGGAAAGCGACGACACACAGUUGCCUGAGAAAUAUCGGAACGUCGCGUUAGUAACGUAACAUCGAACAACACCAUGGAUUGCAAAAUUAUUGGUUACUUGGUCGCUUUCCUCUCUGUCGCUCGUGCUGGAAUAAUUGGACCGGGCGCAGGGUUAAUCGCCACACCUGGCGGGGCGACAGUAGCAGCGAUUCCCGCGCCAGCCACCGCCGCACUCGUCAGAACUGAAAAUUACGAUCCGAAUCCUCAGUACAGUUUCAGUUACAGCGUUGCCGAUGCUCUUACAGGUGACAACAAAGCCCAAGAGGAAACUCGUAACGGCGACGUGGUUCAGGGUAGUUACAGUUUAAUCGAGCCAGAUGGUUCGCGUCGAGUGGUCUCGUACGCCGCCGACCCCAUCAACGGUUUCAACGCUGUCGUUCAAAAGGAUCCCAGCAUCACGUUCAAGACCGCGACAGCCGUACGACCGGUUGUCACGUCGCCCUUAAUCGCACGACCAACCGCCGCUGUAGCCGUCCGACCGCAGGCCUCACUGCUCGGUGCACCUCUGUUGAGACAACCACUGAUAGCAGCAGCACCUCCAACAUUAGCCACCACGAACCUAGUCACCGCGAAUACAGGACUAGUCGGUCUCGGCGUGGGACUUGGAUUGAGGCAAGGUUCUCUGUAUGGUACGCAGGCUCUGCUCGCUGGUGCUUACGGCGCCGGAGGCAUCGUUAAAAUACAUUAGACGACUGAACGCGGUGCGAUGUGGCUCGGCUCGGCUCGGCUCGGCUCGAUUCGAUUCGAUUUUAUUUUACUCGGCUCCGUUCCGUUUCUCUCCAUUCUGCUCCGCUUUGAUCCGCGCUUCUCGUGACUGAUCCAGAAACUCUCCGUACACAUUUGGAUACAAAUUGAUCGAAUUGGCGACAGUUUUAUAUCGAUGUCGUGUUGCGUAUCUAUUCCUGUACUCUUCACUAAUUUCGUCAUGUCGUUUCGUCAACUAUCGUUUCCAUCGAUUUAGAUCUACGUAGACUAGACGUUACGCUUUCAUCCCGAACUAGUUUCUUUUUUCAAGCGCGGUAACGACGGAAUACCGAUUACAUCAAUGUAAAAUUAAGGCAUAAUCCCAGAAACGUUACACACACGAAAUCGCAAACAUUUGAACCGGUUAUCGUUUAUCGAUUCUUCCGGUUAUCUCGUUCCCUGUCUUUUCGACUCUAUUCGCACGAUCGAUCGCCGAUCAUCCCGUUUAGCCACAGUUUUCGUCGUCUCUAUUAUUUAGCCGUGUAUCUAACGAAACAGUGCAACGUUUAAUCGCAUUUUUCCAUCUUGAGAUCUGCUUAACGUGCAAACUUAACAAUACCGCGGACAAAUACACGUAUACAAAUAGCCAAUAUGUAGUAUACCUGGAUAUUUUCCAAUAGAUGAUAAAUCUCAUUGGCGAACGAAAAGAUAAAACCGAACGCGACCCUCUAUCAAUCACCGCUUUAACCUCCAAAGAUGGAAAGCGUACAAGAUACACGAGCGACGAAACAUAAGCGCGGAUAUGUACCGAAGGACGUUGUUUCUUUUGUUUGUUUGUUUAUUUUUUUUGCAAACGAGUACGAUUACUGGACGGAGAAUAAACCUAUUACUUAGCAAACAUCCGUUAGAGUUUAAUAGUUCCAUCGACCAUGAAAUAAAACGAGUUAGCCUACUCUUAAGAUAGUUUAACACGUCAGAUGGAAAAGUUUCCCAACGAUUGGUGUUACAGUAAACGGAAAAACGUAUCGACUUUCUCGACCCGGACUGACGACGAUAUUAUCGCCUCGACUUCGAAAAACCGUACACUGUAUACUCGAAAACUAUGGGUACUCGUUGUCGCAUUCGACAGCGGAGCUUUGGAAACGCUGCGAAAACGGCUCAAAUAUUUUCGGUUCACGGUUCACAAGAAUUUUCCCUCGAACGUUAAAGCGUAACGCUGCUGCAAUAUCGUCUGUAUAAAAUUUGUGCAUAUAUGUUAAACUUACGUAAAUUUCCGAGUUACGAUUGAAUCUGGUAACUGGUAAAAAUAAACGUUAAUGGUUUCGACAGGAAAACUUUAAAAGCUCGUACGGUGAAUUUUCAUAACAGUUGCGUUCCAUACAUUUCUUUAUCCUUUGAUUCCAAUCCAGCAUCAUAUACUGCGACGUCCACCGAAUCGUAUAUGUACGCAGGUUAGGUUAUGUCAAAGUCCAUUUGUGUGGAAAGUAAUCCACUUUCCAAUCUAUAAAAGAAAUGAUAAGCGAAACAUUAUGUGCAGCGUAAAAAUGUAAACAAUUAUCCUAUUGUUCUGGUUUUGCGACUCUGUAUUGGCGUCGUUUUGCGUAAGGUGUCAAGGGAUGGUAAGCAUAAAAAAAAAAUGAUUAACCGAACAAAUGUAAAAUAUUUGUUUCAACUUUAUUAAAAUAUUAUUUUUCGAUCACUGAGUAGCGUGUCGUAUAUGAAAAAUGCACACGACAAUCGUAAAAAUAUUACGAAUAAAACGCAAGCGUAACUAAAUUUCGAGAGAAAAUAUCGACCAAAUUUGACGAGGAAACGUCGAUACCGAAACUGAUCCAAGAUUUAUUCGAUAAUAACUGUCAGCAUACUAAUCUUUACGGUGUUUUCUUAUCUAAAUAUUCUUCGAUCGUGCAAGAAAAGCGAGAUAAACAUAGUUAAGUACAUACAUACAUACAUACAUACAUACUUACUUGCAUACAUACAUACAUACACACAUACA